AUGAACUGCAGCGAGAGCCAGCGGCUGCGGACCCUGCUGAGCCGCCUGCUGCUCGAGCUGCACCACCGGGGCAACGCCAGCGGCCUGGGCGCCGGCGCCGGCCCGAGCAUGGGCAUGGGGGUCGUGCCCGACCCCUUCGUGGGCCGCGAGGUGACCAGCGCCAAGGGCGACGACGCCUAUCUCUACAUCCUGCUCAUCAUGAUCUUCUACGCCUGCCUGGCCGGGGGCCUCAUCCUGGCCUACACCCGCUCCCGCAAGCUCGUCGAGGCCAAGGACGAGCCGGCCCAGGCUUGCGCCCAGCACGAGUGGCUCCCGGGAGGUGCCCCGGCCGCCGCCGCCGCCGCCGAGGCCGCCGCCGAGACCGCCGCCGGCUCGCCCGCCGAGGGCCGCCGCCAGCUCGCCCCCGCCGGGCUGCCCGCCCCGGCCCUCGCCCGGGCCACCGAGGGGGUCUAG